UGAAGGGGGAAAGAAAAAGACACUCGCUGCAGGUGCUACUACAAUAAACAAAAAUUAAUGGUUUAAUAAAGUAGAAUUAAACCUGGAGUUUGGUUACAUUCAAGCACUUGCCAAACGGGUUCACACAAUGACGAUUAAGACUGUCACUGCCGAGCUGAAGGACCAUAGGGAAGGUGUAGGCUCCCUAUGGGCUACAGACUACAACCAACGAAUUUUUUUUUAUGCAAUUUUGUCAUGAAAUUCACUUUUAAGAAUUUCUGAGGAAAGAAAUGCACUUUGUAGAUUUUGGAUGUUGGCAGUUUUACAAGAACUGAUGGUGAAUUUAAACUUUGUUCGAAGGCCUCCACCCUGCUGGACAAACACUUUCGUUUUGGGGGGGGGCUGCAUAUUGUUUUUCUAGUUUGUUAGCAUUUUCACAUUAGCAUUUAUCUCAAAGCAGCUUAGUUUUGUGUUUGACAUUUGGCAGUUAAUUUUAACAGCCUUUAGCAGCUGUCAAUAAAGUGUACUAUUGUGUGAUUUCUGACGUGUCAAGAGAUCAAGGCGCCCUCACCGGCAAUCACGGCUGCAUAGAUAACUGCCAACAUGCUAUAAACAGACAAUGCUUCUCCAGUAAUUUUUUUACUGGAGACAUUCUGACACAACAGAAAAAAAACAGGUGUGAAUAAUAAAUUUAAUGAAGCCUGAAUUCCAUUUAACUGCUCCAGUUUCAGGCCUCUGGUAUUGUGCUUGUUGGCUCACUGUCACGCUUGCUGGAACAAAAUGAUAUUUUAGACAGUACCGUGACUUUGACUUUAGAAUUUCCUUUUUCUUUUUCAACAUGACUUCUCCCUGUGCACAAAGCCAGGUUUGAACUUGACUUGCAUGCAGAGAGCCCUGAUCUCAACACCUUUGGGAGCCAGUUAUUAUCACAAAUCAUCACUGAUACUCUUGUGGCUGAAUUCAAUUCAGUUGAUUCCAAAUUUUUUCGGAAAGCCUUCCCAAGGCAUGAGGUUUGUCAUAACUGCAUCUUGAUGCCUGUCGUUUUAGAAUGAGAUGUCUAAUUUCCUCAUGUUGGGGGUCAUGUUGGAGUUGUGCAUAAGAUGAGCGCCCCCUACUGACCUUAUACUUUAACAUAUGCUGUGAUGCUGCAGAUAUGGGGCUUUCCCUCAGUAGCGUGGGUCACGAGCUCCUACCACUUAUUCCCAUGUCGUGUAUGUUGCAUCACCUGAACACACGGUGUGUUGGUCCAUAAUCACGUCGACUUACCAGAGUGGAAUUGUACAAAAUGUUGCUCUUAUGCCAGGGUUCUUCAGAGAGUGAUGACUGUGUCACAUAGUGUCCUCUGAGUGCCUGCGUCAUCACAGCAGUCAAUCCCUGGGACUUGGGCUUCAUUAAGGACAGCGCUCUUAUUGUGUCUGCUGCAGCGGUGUCAAAUGGCAGCACCAUAACUCCAGUCUGCAACAGCUGCAUUUAAUCAAGCACUGCCUGGCUCUAAUCAGCCUCUGCCUUACCCAUCUCUGCUUGGCUCGUGGUCAUUUUACACUGACAGCAGAUUUAUAAGGCUGGAUAUGGGAGUAUUCUAGUGAAACAGGAACUCUCCUUAGCUUUCGCUUCGUAUUCUCUGCUGUUCUUGUGCUCUGCAGCUGCUGCAGAACACGUUUUGUCAAAAUCAGUGCAGAAAACACAGAACUCAUUCAGGGGUUGUUUUGCCUGCUGGUCACAGCAGUCUAUUAGGAAGCAGUGUGUGUGUGUGUGUGUGUGUAUGGGAAGGGUGUGUUUUGGCUGAUGGCCUCUUUCCCUCCAGCCUCCUUGUGGCCUCCCUCGUCAGCGGCGUCACCAUAUGGAAACAGCUGGUCCUCAGUGUUUGGAUGCCCUCUUCGCUGCAUGAGGCAGCCAGGAGAGAGCAAAAAGCCUCGGGCAAGGUGCUGUUUGACCUGGUGUGCUCCCACAUGAACCUCAUCGAAGGGGACUACUUUGGCUUGGAGUUUCAGAACCAUCAAAAGAUGAUGGUUUGGUUAGACCAUAUCAAGCCCAUUAUCAAGCAGCUCAGACGGCCGAAGCACACAGUCCUGAGGUUUGCUGUGAAGUUCUUCCCUCCAGACCAUGCCCAGCUAAUGGAGGAGCUGACUAGGUACCUGUUUGCCCUCCAGAUCAAACAGGAUGUUUCCUGUGGACGUCUGACCUGCAAUGACACCAGUGCUGCACUGAUGGUCUCCCAUAUUAUCCAGUCUGAGAUUGGGGAUUUUGAGGAGAGUCAGUGCCGGUCACACCUCCUCAACAACAACUACAUCCCAGAUCAAAUGCCCCUGAUUGACAAGAUUAUGGAGUUUCACUCAAAGAACACAGGUCAAACACCAGCAGAAUCGGACUAUCAGUUACUAGAAGUGGCACGCAGGUUGGAGAUGUACGGGAUUCGCCUCCACCCUGCCAAGGAUCGCGAGGGCACGAGGCUAAGCCUGGCUGUGGCGCACACCGGUGUCCUGGUCUUUCAGGGACACACAAAGAUUAACUCCUUCAACUGGUCUAAAGUGCGUAAACUGAGCUUCAAGAGGAAACGCUUCCUCAUCAAGCUGAGGCCAGAUCUAAAUAGUUCAUAUCAGGACACUCUGGAGUUUCUGAUGGCCAGCAGAGACUGCUGUAAAGUCUUCUGGAAGAUCUGUGUCGAAUACCACGCCUUCUUCCGCCUCUUUGAGGAGCCCAAACCCAAGCCCAAGCCUGUGCUCUUCACACGAGGCUCCUCCUUCAGAUUCAGCGGCCGCACACAAAAGCAGGUGAUUGAUUAUGUAAGAGAGACUGAGUUUAAAAAGAUCCCAUUUGAAAGGAAACACAGUCGGGUCCAACACAACAGCCGCCUGUCGCCAUUGCCUUCUCCACGUCACCAUGAAGUGCCAGUAGAAAGUGGUGCACCCGGAGUUGAGUCUCCUCCCCGGCGCCAUUGGAAGGAGUCGGUGUUGGUGAGUGCAGAAGACCCCUCAUCCGCGAGGACAACAAGGGCGAGCCCGUCUCACGAGAGAAACGGCCACAAUGACAGAACAGGGUCUGUGUCCAGGAUUGAGGAGACAAGAGGCUCAACAAGACAGACCCACCCAGAACAUCUGAGUACAGGAGUGGGGUCCAACAGUCCUCACCUGUCUGCGUCCUCUGGUCACUCCCAUGGCAUGGUCAACGGUCAGAAAUCACUGGAGCUGUGCAGUCACAGUCCGGACGGCCGACAGCCUUCCCCCCUCACCAGCCCGCUGCUCAACGACGCCUGCAGCGUUCGCACUGACGACGAAGACGAGGUUCGGAGGAAGAGGUUCCCAACAGACCGGGCCUACUUCAUCGCCAAGGAGCUGCUGACCACAGAGAGGACAUAUCUGAAGGACCUGGAGGUGGUGACUGUGUCUUUCCAGAAUGCUGUAGGACAAGAUGAGGCGACUCCAGACUCUCUGAAGAAAUCCAUCUUCUCUACCUUUGAGCCUCUCCACAAGUUCCACACAGGUUUUCUCAGGGAGGUGGAGCAGAGGCUGGCCCUGUGGGAAGGACGCUCCAAUGCUCACAUAAAAGGAGAUUACCAGCGCAUUGGAGAUGUCAUGUUGAAGAACUUCCAAGGCUUGAAGCCCCUGACGGCAAACCUGCAUAAGCAGUCUGAAGUUCUGUUGGAACUGGAGAAGGCAUGCAGAGCAUCCCGCAGGCUGGAGGGUCUCUGCAGGGACUUUGAGCUGCAAAAGGUCUGCUACAUCCCGCUGAAUGUCUUCAUUCUGCGGCCUUUGCACCGCCUCAUCCACUACAAGCAGAUCCUGGAGCGCCUGUGCAAACACUACCCGGGUACUCAUGUGGAUUUCAGAGACUGCAGAGCUGCCCUGGCAGAUGUGUCUGAGGUUGCCGACCAGCUUCAGGGAAGCCUAAUCAAGAUGGAGAACUUCCAGAAGCUCCUGGAGCUGAAGAAGGAUUUGAUCGGCGUUGACAAUCUUGUUGUCCCUGGUCGGGAGUUCAUCAGGUUAGGCUGCCUCAGCAAACUGUCUGGAAAAGGCCUACAGCAACGAAUGUUUUUCCUGUUCAACGACGUCAUUUUGUACACGAGUCGAGGGAUGACGCCGACCAAUCAGUUCAAAGUGCACGGGCAGCUGCCGCUCCAUGGCAUGACAAUCAGAGAGAGUGAGGAUGAGUGGGGUGUGCCUCACGCCUUCACACUGGUUGGACAGCAGCAGUCGGUUGUGGUUGCAGCAAGUUCGUUAACAGAAAUGGAGAAGUGGAUGGAAGACAUAAGGGUGGCGAUAGAGAUGGCAAAAACCAGCAACGGGCCUACAUCUGACCUUCUGACCAGCAGUCUCACAGACAACAAAUGCCCUGAGGACUCCACGGUGGAGGCGGAGUCUGAGGAUGACAUAACGACGUCGCACACCUCGCUGGAGAGGCCCGCCCCUCACCGUGGUAACACCAUGGUGCACGUGUGCUGGCACAGGAACACCAGUGUGUCCAUGGUGGACUAUAGCAUAGCUGUGGAGAACCAGCUCUCAGGAAACUUACUGAGGAAGUUCAAGAACAGCAACGGCUGGCAGAAGCUUUGGGUGGUCUUCACCAACUUCAGCCUGUUCUUCUAUAAGUCUCACCAGGAUGAUUAUCCACUGGCCAGCCUUCCUCUGCUGGGUUACUCAGUCACGAUCCCCUCAGAGUCUGAAAACAUUCACAAGGACUACGUCUUCAAACUGCAUUUCAAGUCCCACAUCUACUAUUUCCGAUCAGAGAGCGAAUACACUUUUGAGAGGUGGAUGGAGGUCAUCCGCAGUGCCACAGUCCCCUCCAGUGGUGCUCGUGUCCUCAACCACAAAGAGUCCCAUCCUCACUGAGUCGCUAACUGGUCCCACACGCUGUCUCCCUCGGGUGGCAUCUGCCCAUCCCGCCCCCCCUCCUCCCCCCCGGACUCUCUGCUUUUCUUUUCUACACAUAUCUGGGACAUUUGUACAUGUGUCCAUGCACAUUUGGUGCUUUUUAAUGCUUUAAUGGUGACAUGUCCGCUGGUUUAGACUGCAUCAGAGACUGCAUUUUUUGGCAUUUUUACUCUCAACUCUGAAACCUCUUUUUAAGGAUGUCAUUUUAUACUGUUUUCUAAUGGUCUGAACCACUUCCUAUCUUUCUGGUUAUACAUUUUGUCAUUGGUUGUUUUUACUGCAGGAACACAUAUAUAUAUAAAUACCCAGCAUUCUUUCUUAGAUGGUUAAAUGAUCACUGCAUUGUCAUAACGUUUUUGUCUACUUUUUCAUUUUAUUGAAAACUGCUGCUUUGAAAAUGUCAUGCAACUUCAGUGCCAAACUGGUUUAUAUCAAUGUCCUGGACUUUUUAAUGUUGUUUUGUUACACGGGGGAUGAGGAGUGUCUCCUAUACUGCAAACCAUGACUUCUGAAGACAUGUAAAACAGGCCACCCUUUAAUGAUCAAUGCUCUGUUGACACCUGGCCCAGCACAAUGUGUUCUUGUUCAAAAAAAAAAAAAGAAAAGAAGAAGACAAAGAAAAAAGAAAAAGGUGGUGAACUUAUUUUGUUGUAUUAUUAACAUAAGCCCACAGUGCAGCCGGAGUAGCUGCCAUCACAGACUGGUUUUACUUCAACUAUAUUUGCUGAUUUUUGUUGUAUGUCUCACACAACUUUGCUUUUAUAUAUAUAUAUAUAUAUAUAUAUAUAUAUAUAUAUAUAUAUAUUAGCUAAAGUUCCCCUUCAUUUGUAUGAGGAAAUGUGAGACAUGUUCAUAAUCACUGUAUUAUGAAAAUGAGUGUAAUUGAAAGCUUUAAAAAAAAAAAAAAUAUAUGUGUGCGACAAAACAGAAACUUUCAGUUCCAAGCGCCGAUGCCCUCACAGGACUGUGCUGCCUCCUGUAUACAGAUACUAGAUCUUUUUAUGGGUCUAAGUGAGUGGAAAUAUGCAUUUGACAGGGUUUCGCAGUGAAACGAAAUGAAAUGGAAAACCUCAGUUCUGCUCUGAAUUGCAGUGUUUUUCCAGACAACAGAGAGCUCUUUGGAAAUGAAAGCAAUAAAAAAAAAACUUAUUCAAACUUA